UCGCUCCCCCGGCCGUCACCCAUUCAUGGCGAAGUCGGUCCGGAAAAGCGGCCGCGCUUUUGGCCCCCGCCAGUUUCAAGGGUGCAAAUCAGAAUUUCCCGGGCAGCGCUUCGCCUCCGCCUUUGGCAACUGAGCCUGCUGCUCUCUCGCUCUCGCUCUCUGCUCCCACCCCUCCCUCCCGUGGCGUUUUUUUCUCUCUGCACCUCCCACUUUUUUUUUUGCGCUCCUUCCCGGCUCGCUCGGGCUCUCUCGCCCCUGGUGGACGAGGCAGCCGCCCAGCCAGCCGAGCCCCGCGUCUCCGGCGAGCAGGUGACCUGCGCUGUAAGGGAGGAGAAAGGACCGUGGCUUGGCAUGUUUUCUCCGCGCUCUCCCUCCGGCGGCCGCGGCCGCUGAGAAGAUGACUCGCCGCCUCGGAAGUGGCUGAGCGCCGCGACUUCUUCGGCUUGCAAAAAAAAUCGAAAGAGUGGAGAGGGGGGCGCACAGAGACCCUCCGCCUUAGUAUCUCCUUUAAGGCUUGCUUUGUGUCGUUUUGAAAGGACCGGGGAGGGGGGCGAAGAGAGGAAGGAGGGGAGGGGGGGGGAAAUCAAACCCCUUCAAGACCCUCCACGCAACUCGUCUUGAAAAGGCGGAGGCUGAUCUCGCCCGGAGAGGAAUUGGUGCCGCUGCUUUGGAAGUUUGCUCCACGGCAAGAGAAAGAAAGAAAUAAAGAAAGAAAGAAAGAAAGAAAAAAAGCCUAGUUUGGGUUUUGGAAUAAACCUAUAUUUAAUAUAUAUCUUAAAUGUUCGGGAUCCAAGAUACGUUAGGAAGAGGGCCGAUCCUGAAAGACAAGGUGCUGGGGUCGGAGAUGGAUCCGGUCCGCUCCUGGGUCAGGAACGUCGGCGUGGUGGAUGCCAACGUCGCCGCUCAAAGCGGCGUGGCUUUGUCUCGAGCCCACUUCGAGAAGCAGCCGCCCUCCAACUUGAGAAAAUCCAACUUCUUCCACGUCGUCUUGGCUCUCUACGACCGCCAGGGCCAGCCCGUGGAAAUCGAGCGGACGGCCUUCGUGGACUUCGUGGAAAACGACAAAGAACAGGGCAACGAGAAAACAAAUAAUGGAACACACUAUAAAUUGCAGCUUCUAUACAGCAAUGGUGUCAGGACUGAACAAGAUCUAUUUGUCAGACUCAUUGAUUCAGUCACAAAACAGCCUAUCGCUUAUGAAGGACAAAACAAGAACCCAGAAAUGUGCAGAGUUCUGCUCACCCAUGAAGUUAUGUGCAGUCGUUGCUGUGAAAAGAAGAGCUGUGGAAACCGUAACGAGACUCCCUCGGAUCCCGUGAUCAUUGAUAGAUUCUUCUUAAAAUUCUUCCUCAAGUGCAACCAAAACUGUUUGAAGACUGCCGGAAACCCUAGAGAUAUGCGACGGUUCCAGGUUGUGUUAUCAACAACAGUGAAUGUUGACGGGCAUGUCCUGGCAGUAUCAGACAAUAUGUUUGUUCACAACAACUCAAAACAUGGGCGAAGAGCAAGGAGACUUGAUCCUUCAGAAGCUACCCCAUGCAUCAAAGCUAUUAGUCCAAGUGAAGGCUGGACCACUGGUGGAGCCAUGGUGAUCAUUAUAGGGGACAACUUUUUUGAUGGGCUUCAAGUCGUAUUUGGGACCAUGCUUGUGUGGAGUGAGCUGAUCACCCCACAUGCCAUCCGGGUCCAAACACCUCCUCGUCACAUCCCUGGCGUGGUUGAAGUAACAUUAUCGUACAAAUCCAAACAAUUUUGCAAAGGAGCUCCUGGUAGAUUUAUUUAUACAGCUUUAAAUGAGCCAACCAUAGACUAUGGUUUCCAAAGACUCCAGAAAGUCAUCCCAAGACAUCCUGGUGAUCCAGAGCGACUAGCCAAGGAGAUGCUUUUGAAGCGAGCAGCUGACCUAGUCGAAGCACUGUAUGGGACACCACAUAAUAAUCAGGACAUUAUUCUGAAGCGAGCUGCUGAUAUUGCAGAAGCUCUCUACAGUGUCCCAAGAAAUCCAGGUCAGAUCCCUGCUUUGUCUAGCUCUCCUGCUCACAGUGCCAUGAUGGGCAUCAACUCCUAUGGCAGCCAGUUGGGAGUCAGCAUCUCUGAGUCCACACAAGGGAAUAAUCAAGGCUACAUCCGCAACACAAGCAGCAUAUCCCCACGAGGUUACUCCUCCAGCACGACCCCUCAGCAGUCUAAUUAUAGCACCCCCAGUAACAGCAUGAAUGGCUACAGCAAUGUCCCUAUGUCCAAUCUGGCUGUUCCCACUUCACCUGGAUUUAUUAACGGUUCUCCCACAGGAUCGCCCUAUGGCUUGAUGUCUUCAAGCCCCACAGUUGGUUCUUCAAGCAGUUCCUCCAUCCUUCCAUUCUCCUCCUCGGUCUUUCCUGCUGUCAAACAAAAGAGUGCCUUUGCUCCUGUCAUCCGGCCCCAGGGGUCUCCCUCCCCAGCGUGCUCCACUGGCAAUGGAAAUGGAUUUAGAGAUUACAACUCUGGAAUUUCCUGGUGGUAAUGCAGCCAAGGAGUAACAAAUCCAGCCAUACUUAACUAAGCCAUGACUGGUCUUGUUGUACCUCCAAUGUGAAAGAAGAGAAGGCAUUGCUGGGGUUUCUUCCUGCUCCACCCCCCUUUUUUUUCUACAGCACAAAACUACUUAUUUGUUACGGAACUUAAAAAAAUAAUAAUAAUGAAGCACUAGAAGCUGAGUUGAUGGGGGAAGCUGUGUGCCAGAAGGAAUGGAAAUUUUAUAGCGUUGCUAAGAGACUGUUCCAAGUUGGAGACAUCAAUACUCAAGAACAUUUAAAAAAAAAAAAAGGAAUUGGCCAAGAUCCAGAAGUAUGCAGGUUAUGGGAUUGAAUCUGGAGCACAAGCUUUUUUGUGUUUUUGUUUUGUUUUGUUUCCCUGUGGACUCAAAGCCUUCCUAAUGUUUAUAGAAUAUUAAAAGAAGGAACAGGUUGGCCAACCAUUCAAGCUUGAUAUUUUGGAUACUCUUUGUUUUACUUUGUAGGAAAAAAAAAGUCGAAGUUUCUAUUUUCUAUGGAGCUUUUCAGAUACCAAUUUAGUUUAUGCAGAAAAAAAAAA